AUGGUGAGGGAGACUGUUAGGACUGCCGGUAGGAAAUGGAGACAUGCUCCAACACGUCGUGAGCUAGACAAGUGGGAUAGAGCUGCCAAGGCUGCAAGCGGAGGCAGCGUAUGUCAUAUACAAGAAUCAAGGCGCGCAAGAGGGGAUCCCGUAGUUUUGGCUGCUCAGUCGAGGGAACAGUAUUAUAAGUUGAAAAACAAAUUGCAAGUGCUUGCGGUGGGAAUAGGUGGCGUUGGCUUGGUUUCAGCCUUCACAUAUUCUCCAGAAAUUGCAGCAGGCUAUGGUGCUGGCUGGCUUGGUUCUUUGGUAUACAUGCGAAUGCUCGGUAAUAGUAUUGAUUCGAUGGCCGAUGGGGCAAGAGGGGUUAUCAAGGGAGCAAUGGCGCAGCCAAGGCUGUUGGUUCCCGUAGUCUUGGUGAUGGUAUUCAAUCGAUGGAAUGGGAUUUUAGUGCCCGAGUACUAUGGAUUCAUGCCCCUUGAUUUGAUCCCGAUGCUGGUCGGAUUCUUCACGUACAAGAUCGCCACUUUUAUGCAGGCGAUAGAGGAGGCGGUGAACGUCGCUGCCGGAAAAUCCGAAGCUUGAUUCAACCUAUAUGUAGAUAGUGAUGAGAAUUCUUGAGCACGGGAAUUGGGAUAUAAUCUGUAGUUCCCUACAUUAUUGUAAAUGAAAUGAUAUUGUAAAAUUUGUUGCAAAAGUAAUGCUACAUCUUUCUUAUAUUUCACAUA